CUGCUCUCUCUCUCUCUCUCUCUCUCUCUCUCUCUCUCACUCUUCUUUUUUCCUCCCUUUCCUGAAAAUCGCGGUCUCUUUUUUCCUCCUUGUCUUUACACCCCACACUGCACCAGAGUGAGAGAGCUACUACUAUGGCUCUGAGAUGGCCGUACUGAAAAUGGCUCACCCCAGCAACAAUGCCACCACCCAAAAGCAGCACAAGAAGUUGAAGCUUGAACAAGAGCAUCAAGACCAAUUAGUGAACCCAAUGUUUCACGACUUCCUGGGUAUGAAGCCUUCUAUUGAUUCCCCUCUUGUUUUGGGCUCCAAAGGAUCCGAUUCCAGGCUCACUGAUCCUUCUCCCUCUGCUUCUGCUUCACUUGGGGGAUCCUCCGGCGGUGCCCGUGGGCCCAUCUCCACCACCUCUGAUCUGGGUUCCGAAAGACAAGGUGGAAAUCAUCUCGAGGGGGUUCCAUAUUAUGGUCCGAGGAGCGAUAUUUCUGGGCCUGAAAUAAGUCAUAGGUUACUAGGCAGUAAGAGAAGUAAUUCGGAUUCUACUUUUAUUGGAUCCUCCGGAGAUGGGAUCCCUCGUAUGGGUUCUGACUCCCUUGAGAGCUCACAUUUGACGAAGAUGUUUCGAAAUAGAACUGGAGGAGAGCGACCUAGGAGGACCAUUGAUGAUGAUGCAGUCUUUGCUAGCCAGCCAAUGAGGCCAACUUCUGCUAAUCUUGUAUUUCAGACUCCACAUGGUGGUCGAGUUGAUCCCAAUAUUUCCAAGUGGGAACGAUCUGCUCCCAUGAAUUUGGGUGGUGCAGUGCAAUAUCCUCCACGAGGAGGUCAUUAUGUGCCCUUCAUUCACCAAUUACCUUCUAACAGGUCUAGGGAUGCAAAUGCUGGUCCAAACAAUAUCUCUCAAUUAGCUGCUGAUGAGGGUUCUAGAACUGGAAUUAAAGGGCCGGGUAUAUUGAGUGCCAUUAAUGCUAGCAGUGGUGCUUCUGACAGAAGUUCAUCUGCGGUGCUGCCUAGUGGCAGCAGGCAGAAAUCUGGGACUACUUCAGAGCCAGAGCCUUUGACUCCAAGUCGGCAUGGAUUUGCAUCUGCUAACCGGCAGAUGACUAUAUUUUAUGGCGGUCAAGCUCAUGUUUUCGAUGAUGUCCAUCCAAACAAGUCAGAUGUCAUAAUGGCCUUGGCUGGAUCAAAUGGAGGAUCUUGGUCAACAACCUACUCACUAAAACGUACUGUGAAGCCCGGUAGUGAAGGUCACAUGCCUAGCGGAGAGGUUGAUACUGGCACAGCAAGUAAUCUAGGAUUUGUACAAGAGUACCGUGGGAGGCUAUCUAUUCCCGGCAAUUCAAGUCCUGGGGUGGAGUUUGCUGAUCGGAUAUUGACACCCGCAGGUGGCCACCAGGGUAGCAAUUUAGCCAAAGAUACGAGAAAUCCAGUUCAAGCUACUGAGCCCGGUUCUAAAGACAAAAUUGAACUAUGAUGUUAAAAUGUUUCCAUUUUCCAAAUUCUAGGUUAAAGUAAAAUUUCAUUUUUGUAGUCUGAUAUUCCAGCUUGAUCUCAUCAAACAUACACUACUGAUCCUAUUAUUUUUUAUUUUCUUUUAGAGCCUUGUGUUGAACUACUGUCACCAUUACAGGUUGAAACAGACCUCCCCAAGCUUGGAAUUUUGAAGUGAUUUUCUUCACAA